CUAGUCUGUAGUACGCUGAUAAAAUAUUUUUUUGUGAUUGUGAUGUGAUUGUUGGAUUUGAUUGUAGUGCACAAAUUUAAUUUGUCUUUUCGUAUUUUCCUAAAAGUAAAGAAGGUCCUUUUACAUAUGAAAGAUAUUCAAAAGUAUUGUUUAUGAUACGGUGCAGUCCAAAAUAACAAUGGGUUUUGAAAUUAAGCGUUUUCAAGGUGACGUUGACGAAGAGUUGAUUUGUCCUAUUUGCUCUGGUGUUCUUGAAGAUCCCUUGCAGGCACCUUCUUGCGAGCAUGCGUUUUGUCGUGCUUGUAUAACAGAAUGGAUAAGCCGUCAGCCUACAUGCCCUGUAGAUCGGGAGGCUGUUACAGCAAGUCAAUUAAGACCAGUUCCUAGAAUACUCCGCAACUUGCUUUGCAGACUUUGUACAACUUGUGACAAUGCACCACAUGGCUGCAAUGCAGUCUUGAAACUGGACUCCUUACCAUCUCAUUUAACUGAAUGUGAAUAUAAUCCUAAACGGCCAAUGCCCUGUGAUAAAGGCUGUGGUCUGGUUAUACCUAAAGACGAACUAUCGGAACAUAAUUGUGUACGAGAGCUGCGCGCUCUGAUCGCGACGCAACAGGGCAAGCUCACCGAUUACCAGCAAGAGUUGGCUGAACAGAGGCUCAUUAUCAACGAACACAAACGGGAACUGGCGCUGUUGAAGGAGUUUAUGCGUGCGAUGCGCGUGUCGAAUCCUACGAUGCGAGCGUUGGCGGACCAGAUGGAACGCGAGGAGGUGGUCCGUUGGGCCGGGUCUUUGUCCAGGGCGAGGGUCACGCGCUGGGGCGGACUCAUAUCCACGCCUGAUGACGUGCUGCAGAUGAUGAUCAAAAGAAGCUUAUCAGAAUCGGGCUGCCCACCUCACAUAAUAGAUGACCUAAUGGAAAACUGCCAUGAAAGAAGAUGGCCGCCCGGCUUAUCGUCACUUGAAACAAGACAGAAUAACAGAAGGUUGUACGAGAAGUACGUAUGUAAAAGAGUUCCGGGUAAGCAAGCCGUUUUGGUUCUUCAAUGCGACAACACUCACGUAGACGAGCACAUGAUGAUGGAGCCAGGCCUCGUCAUGAUAUUCGCCCACGGCAUAGAGUAGCACCCACCAAUCCGCACUGGGCCUGCGUGGUGGGUCAUGGCCCAAUCUCCCUAUUCCAUCCAUAGGAAAGCCUUGGAAUGGGGACAUAAAUAGGCCGAUGAUCGCAGACAUUGAUCGAAAUAGAUGACGCAAGUGCGCCAAUAGGGAUACCAAUGAUCUUCGUUUUACGCUAACUUAAUUUCUUCUCGUCAUCGUUCUUGUUACCGGACGUCAAUCGCAAUGUUUAAUUUAAUAAAAUCUAACUAUGUCAUAUCAAGCUGUAAAAAAAUGAGCGAUCCUUACAGUAGUCGCGUAUGAUGUGUAACAUUUGAAACCUCACCUUAUAUUAGUAAAAAAAGAAAUAAAACCUAUUACAAAAGGAAUAAACCAUUUGAACAUUAUUAUGUUCUAAAAUCAAAUCAAAUAGCACGCGCUUUCCAAACUUCCUGUUACACACUUCCGCCCCACUUCACGUAAUCACUCCCGCAAAUUGCACGAAAGCGAGAGGCAGAGAGGAAAGAUGUUACACCACAAAAACCAUAUAAUUGAAAUAGGUGGCCGGGGCUCAUGCUUUUGCACCAUUCAAUUUGUUAUCGUGAGUUCUUACUCAUUAUAUGACACGCUCGGUUUCCAUACAAUUUGAAGCAUAUGCGGCGUCUACUUCAAUCUCUAGGUCUGUGGUGGGGACAUUAAUAGCCUGAUGAUAGAAUAGCAUACCGCCACUACGAUAUUAAUCCUCACGAAUAUCAGAGAUUUAAAUCGUUAGAUGUGCUGUGCCCAUAGAUAUGUGGCGGCCGCCCGCGACUUCGUCCGCGUUAAUUGUAGUUUUUUCCUUUUUUUUCAAAAAUUAAAGUAGCCUAAGUUACUCCUUAUUACAUCAGCUACCUGCCAAUAAAAGUCCCGUCGAAAUCGGUCCAGCCAUUUCAGAGAUUAGCCGGAACAAACAGACAGACAGACAGACAAAAAUUGUAAAAAAAUGUUAUUUUGGUGUAUGUACCGUAUAUAUAUUCUUAUGCAUGUAGUAAAAAGUGGUUAUUUCAAUAUUACAAACAGACACCAAUUUUAUUUACACAUAAGUAUAGUUGUAUAGAAGAUGUAAAGAUAACGAAAUUGUUAAAGUUGGCGGCGUGCUGGGAGGGUAAAUCGCGUUUUCAUUGACACGACAGUGUGACGUCAGUCAACAAAUCAGAUGCAAACUCGCAUCCCGACCUUUGGGGGCGUGUCACACGCUUAUGCAUUGCUACAUAAACUCGGCGACAACCAAAACUAUAAAUAAAAUAUGCAUUCCUGUGCCUUCAGUCAGUGUUGUAAUAAUUCAAGGAACACAAACAAACCUCUCUGUAUUUCUUUAUUUAUAUUUUGGAACUUGAAUGAUUUAUUAGUUGUGAUUUUCACUUUUGUAUAAAUGAUGAGCGGCACGUGCUCGUAAGGCAGAUAGUGACUGAUUACAAUUCGGGUUCGAAUCCCUGGUGGGGGCAGAUCUUAGUGUGAUGAAUACGAGCAUUUGUAAUUCAGUCAUGGAUGUUCAAUAUGUAUUUCUAUAUAAAUAUGCUUAUAUACGUAAAUAGCUUGACUGGCGAUAAUUUGACACGCUAAAAGAGGUUGUGGAAAAUGAUGAAUUUGUAUAUGCGGCUGAAGGAGCGUGCUUAAUUCAAAGUUCGAAAGCAAAUUUCAGUACCAAAGCCCAACUAUAUUAAAUACCCUAGAUACACCACGUGCGCUCAAAAUGUGUCCCAAUCAAGAAGUGCUCUAACACCACUCAAGCUCUUCUUGGUUCACAGUCAGGCGCGGACCGUAGAAAAGUCAUGAUACCGCAGAGCUCGGUGAAAAAAUGCAAAAAAAUACUUAUAGUACGUAGUGUCGUUUUUUCGACAUGUAUCUUAUCAAUGUUUAUUAUUUUAACGCAUUUGAAGCAAAUUUUGUUCUACUACUUCUAUAAACUGAUUUAAUAGAAAACAUUUGCGAUAUUCAAAUGCAUGGUUGGUUAUACAGCCGUCUCCUUUUUCACGUUUCGUGCCUAUGUUGCUAACAGCGCAUUCAGAAUUGCGCGUAAAAUCAAAGAAAUAAAGUCUUUAAUCUUCCGCCUAUAGCAAUAUGUCGUUAAAUUUUACGAGCUUGCAUUUCGAACUGUCAUAAGUCUUUGACGCAUGCGUUUAAUUUAAGACCUUAUACAGUUGAUUUAAAGGUGACUUAAUGUUUAAAUAAUGCCUUAUAUUGUUUUUGACUACGCGAUCUUCUUACGGGGCUCCGUGGAUCGUCCAAUGUACCUUUUGGUUAGGUUUCGGCCACGAUUUUGUUCGUGUUGUUGUAUCUAGGGUAUUUAAUAUCGUUGAACAAUGCCACCCGAAGCUUCAUCACGCAGGUGUAGGAUAAACACAGACAUGAAACGUGGAUACUUUUUACAAGCAUAGGGCACAUCUACGAUUUAAAUCUCUGCUGAAUACAACAUUGAGUCGCCGAUGUUUGAAUAGAGAGGCUACCAGCAGUCAAUACUGUUUGCAGCUGUCAUAACCCUGUGACAAUGUGAAAACGGACCUUACACAAUGACGCUGAUUGUAUGUACAAAAAUAAAACGACGACAGAUUUGUAAGUUUCUUAUGUUCCUUUUCAUUGUAAAUAUUGAUCUGUUUGUGUUAUUUAUUUUGUUGUUGUGUUCAAAAUUUUUAUUUUCAAUCUCCGCGACUCGAUUGGAAUGGCUAGAUUAGAAAUGAGAAUAGUUAAGAAACGAUUAAUCAUUAAAAUUGUAUAAAGAGUGUAAGUAAUUUUGUUAACGAUGUAUUCCCUGACCAAUGAUUUUGUACAAUUUAUGAAUGUUGUUUAGUAAAGUUAUGUGGAAAUUUGAAAUGUUUGAUCGUAGUAUUAUUUUGAAUUGUCUUUAUGAUUUGGAUUUCAGAACAUUCCUAAAAUGAAGUAAAGUUUAUGUAAUUUUAUUGCCAGUAUUGUGUUGGAAUAUUUUAGAUAUUAUAAAUUUGAUUGUUGAACAUUCCCAAAAGAUUAUGUAAGUAAUUGGUAUUGCUAAUGACAAUUGGAAAAUUGCGAUAUCAUACAGCAGUUGGUAAAAUCAGUUUCUAUUUUAUAUUUAUUGAUUGUAACAACAUUCUUUUCGUUCUGUUAUUGUAAACAUUCUGUGAGAACACACAUUGGCCGAGUUUGAUAUAAAUAUAGAAUUAAAGAAAUAAAAAUUAACAAUUAUGAAUGUUCAAUACAAUACACCCUUGUUUUAUUUUCACCUCACUUUUUUCUAGUUUUGUAAAGGUUUUUAAGUAGACUUGGGUCC